AUGGAUCAUCCCACCUCUGAUGACUUCCUAACUGAAGCAAAAGAAAUUCUACUAAACGUGUCUAUCCCAAGUCAUACCUCUCUUCAGAUUCUGGAUGUAUUGGAUAACCAAUUGGAACCCAAAAUUGCUCAAUUGAGGGAAUCAGUAAUUUCCGACCUUCGUACCGAAGCUGCUGCCAGAAGAAACGGACGACAAAUGAUGAGAGGAGUUGCCCCGCCGCCGCUGCCGCCGCCACCGGAAAGUGGUCAGAAAAGGAAAGACUUAGAACCAGCACCAUCAACCCACUCUGACCCUCCUCACCGACAAGAAAAGAUGAAGGGCGUUGCCCUGCCACCGCCGCCAUCGCCACCGGGAAGGGGUGUGCCACCGACCUACUCCGACACUAUCUCCGCUGAGGGAUCAAAGUUUCCAUCCGAUAGGCUGCCGUGGAAACCUCCAUCUCGGUGGGUCUCAGAUAACAUUCGAAAAAGAUUUUAUAAAUGUAAGAAAGAUGGAUGUCCGGCUUCAAAAUACAUCUGUGAUUCAACAACAAUUCCCGGAAAAUUUGAUGUCACGUACAAACAUUAUCACACUUGUGGAAUCCACAUGUUUGGUGUCAAACCUGGGCCUCCAGUUCAGACGCCUUCCGUUCAAACUACUCAUCAAGGCAGCACCACCACCACCGGGCCUCUAGUUCAGACGCCUUCCGUUCAAACUACUCAUCAAGGCAGCAUCAGCACCACCGGGCCUCCAGUUCAGAUGCCUUCCAUUCAAACUACUCAUCAAGGCAGCAGCACCACCACCAGGCCUCCAGUUCAGACGCCUUCCGUUCAAACUACUCAUCAAGGCAGCACCACCACCACCGGGCCUCCAGUUCAGACGCCUUCUGUUCAAACUACUCAUCAAGGCAGCACCACCACCACCGGGCCUCCAGUUCAGACGCCUUCCGUUCAAACUACUCAUCAAGGCAGCAGCACCACCACCGGGCCUCCAGUUCAGACGCCUUCCGUUCAAACUACUCAUCAAGGCAGCAACACCACCAUCGGGCCUCCAGUUCAGACGCCUUCUGUUCAAACUACUCAUCAAGGCAGCACCACCACCACCGGGCCUCCAGUUCAGACGCCUUCCGUUCAAACUACUCAUCAAGGCAGCAGCACCACCACCGGGCCUCCAGUUCAGACGCCUUUAGUUCAACCUGAUCAUCAAAGCAGCAACACUCUAGCCAUCAACCAAGGUAGCCAUGCACGAGGAGAAACUGUCAUCGAUGGUAGUACUAUGCUUGGUGAUGGGGCCUUCUAUCAGGGUAGUAGGUUUCGAUUUGCACCAGCCGCUAGUAACGCCGGUAUGCUUGGUGAUGUGGCCUUCUUGCCCUUCUAUCAGGGUGGUACAGCUGGUAGUAAUGGUACUCUUUUUCUUACAUUAUACAGUAAGAACAAUUAUUUAUGCUAUUUCUUAAUGUUCAAUUAUAUAUCUGUGCUGGUUAAAGUAAGGUUGACCUCAGCUGAUAGCUUGACAAAAAGUACCAAUUUGAUUAUGAGAAAAUGUCACAAAUGGUCCAUGUGGUUUGUUAUAUUCGUAUUUUGCCCAUUGGGUUUGUUUUCGUUGCAACUGGUCUUUGCCUUUUUCAUUGCCAGAAGCCCGUGGCAUUGA